AUGACGACGAUUGGAAAAAUUGAUGUUUUUGAUGAAACACAAGAAAGCUGGGAGACGUAUGUCGAACGAGUACAACAUUUUUUCGCUGCAAACGAUGUCGACAACAAUCAUCAAGUGCCAACUCUGCUGAGUUUAAUUGAAACAAAACGUAUUCAUUAUUAAAGGAUUUAGUUUUGCCAGAAAAGCCUGCAGACAAGAACUUUGAUGAAAUAGUAAGUACAUUACAGAAGCAUUUAAAUCCUAAACCACUAGAAAUAGCCGAACGGUUUCGUUUUUAUAAGAGAAAUCAGCAAGAAGGGGAGAGCAUUUUAAGUUAUAUAGCUGAGUUAAAGAAAUUAACCACACGUUGCAAUUUUGGAAGUAACUUGGAAGAAACCUUGCGCGACAGAUUGGUGUGUGGAUUAAGUAAUCAGCAAAUUCAGAAACGUCUCCUUGCAGAGUCAAAAUUAAAAUUCUCCAAAGCUGUUGACAUAGCAGUUGCUAUGGAAACAGCCACUCGAGAUGCUACAGAGAUCCACAGAAAGGGUAGAGAAGAAAAACCUCUUGGUCUUGACAAACUGACACUGAACAGACCCUCGAAUAGAUCAGAUAGUGGCCCACCUUCCCCUGUAGUGUGUUAUCGAUGUGGAGCUAAUACCCAUGUUGCAACUGAGUGUAGAUUUAAGAAAGAAGUCUGUCACAAGUGUGGAAAGAGAGGUCAUAUUCAAAGAGCUUGCCGGGCACAACAAAGCCAGGGGCCCGGUAGACCCUCGCCCAGAUCAAGAUACCAGAAAUCGACCAAUGCCAUAGAGACCGAACCAGAUGAGUAUGAACACUUGUUGAAUAACCUAGAAGUUCAUAAUGUAAACAAAUCAAACAGUGAUGUCAUAUGGGUUGACGUGAAAGUUGAAAAUCAACCACUAUCCAUGGAACUAGACACAGGAUCGGCCGUGUCCAUUUUGCCAUAUGACAUGUUCUUGGAAAGAUUUCGCGACAAGAAGUUAGAGAAAACAACCACCGUACUAAAGACCUAUACUGGUGAACUGAUUGUUCCAGUUGGUUACCUUACCAUGCAAGUUGAAUACUUAGAUCAAUCAUGUCAAUUGCCAUUCCAUGUAGUCCAGACUAAGGGUCCCGUGUUAAUGGGUCGAGAUUGGCUUCACAAGCUUCGCCUCAACUGGAAAACCAUUAAGUUGUUGAAAUCCUCAGAUUCCAGCCAUAGAAACCCUGGCACGACUACACAAGAGAAGCUGAAAAACCUAUUGGAUACGUAUGCAGAGGUUUUUGAAGACAAGCUGGGAACUUUCAAAUCUGCCAAAGCAAGGAUAACCCUCAAAGAAGGUAGUCAACCACAGUUUCGCAAAGCUCGUCAGGUCCCAUAUUCCUUACGACCGAAAGUGGAGGAAGAACUGAAGAGACUUCAGAGCGAAGGUAUUUUGUCGAAAGUAGAGUGGAGUGAUUGGGCGACACCGAUUGUACCAGUGCCGAAACAAGAUGGUUCAGUCCGUAUUUGUGGUGACUUCAAAGGUACUAUUAACCCAACACUACAAGCAGAACAGUAUCCUCUGCCUCGAAUCGAAGAUAUCUUUGCCCAUUUAGCUGGUGGGAAAAAGUUUUCCAAGAUCGACCUCCGCCAAGCUUACCAUCAGAUUGAGCUGGAGGAAGAAUCCAAGAAGUACCUUACAAUUAAUAGGUCCAUGGGCUUGUUUCAAUACAAUCGAUUGGUAUUUGGUAUUACCUCUGCUCCCGCCAUUUGGCAGCGUACCAUGGAGCAGAUUCUGGAAGGAACUUCUGGUAUUAGUUGUAUCCUAGAUGAUGUGAUUGUGACGGGUAAAAGCGACGCAGAGCAUAUGGCUAACCUGGAGGAGGUCCUUCGACGGCUGCACCACCAUGGGUUAAGAGGCAAUAAAUCGAAGUGUGAGUUCUUCAAAGAAAAGAUCACGUUCUGUGGCCACGACAUUAAUAGCGAAGGCCUGCACAAGACCACCGACAAGACAGCUGCAAUGGUGAAUGCCCCUCGCCCCCAGAGUGUUGCAGAGGUACGCUCCUUCCUGGUAUUGGUGAAUUAUUACCACAAAUUCCUGCCAAAACUUUCUACAAUCCUGCAUCCAUUGAACCAAAUGCUGGAAAGUAACUACCAAUGGAACUGGACAGAUCAAUGCAAAGAAGCCUUUUGCAAAGUUAAAGCAAUGAUUGUUUCAGAUCUGGUGCUUACACAUUAUGAUCCUAACCUUCCCUUACAACUGGCUUGUGAUGCUUCACCUGUAGGAAUUGGAGCGGUACUGUCCCAUGUCAUGACAGACGGCACAGAGCGACCGAUAGCGUUUGCAUCGAGAUCCCUGUCGAAGGCGGAGCGCAACUACGCACAGAUAGACAAAGAAGCGCUGGCUACAGUGUGGGGAGUCAAGAAAUUCCACAAUUACCUGUUCGGUAGGAACUUUACCUUACUGACUGAUCAUGAGCCUCUCACUUCAAUCUUUCAUCCCAGCAAAAGCCUUCCUGUUGUCACUGCUGCUAGAUUACAACGCUACGCUUUGUUCUUGGCGGGUUUUGACUAUACAAUUAGAUACAAGAACACUAAGUUACACGGGAAUGCAGAUGGUUUGUCUCGAUUACCCUUGCAUAGUGAGACAACAGAAGAAGAGCCAGAUCCAGUGGGCCUCUUCUAUGCCACGCAGUUUGAGCCUUUGCCAGUCACAGCAGAACAGGUCAAACGAGAAACACAGAGAGAUCCUCUAUUGGUGAAGGUCCAUGAGUUGGUUAUGAAAGGAUGGUCUACUCCACAAGAUGAAGCGAUUAAACCGUUUUACCAGCGGAAAGUCGACAAACUGACAGUUCACUGUGGUGUCCUAAUGCUUGGACACAGAGCAGUCAUUCCUGCAAAGUUGCAUAAUCAAGUGUUAACCGAGCUUCACGAAGGUCACCUCGGUAUUGUUAAAAUGAAGUCUCUGGCGCGAAGUUACAUCUGGUGGCCCAAAAUUGAUAAGGACAUUGAGCACCUAGCCAAAAGCUGCCCUGGUUGUCAACUUCAACAGAAUGAAGCCGGCAAAGUACCACUACACCCUUAG